AUGAAUUCAAUCAUUAUUGCUCUUUAUUGUUUGAUUUUUCUGGUUGUACAACAAAGGAUUAAUGCUAUCAAUUGCUAUUAUUGUGGUAUGGGUACGGACGGAUGUGGUCCAUCAUUUAAUACACAAGGUAGUGGAGUCAUAACAACAACAUCCAAUACAAGUGCUGUUUAUUGUACAAAAACAAAAUAUGUAGUCAAAGAAAAUAAAUAUUUAGAAGAAUUUUUGAUGCAAUUGGCUCAAUAUACAGAAUCAACAUGUGUUUUAAUUAGUACAAGAAGUUAUGAAUUCAGUCAAGGUAAAACUAAAAUUGAUAUAACAUAUCCCCAUCGUUAA